GUUAUAUUCAAAAAGCAUGAUAUAAGAAAGACAUUUAAGAUCAAAUGAAAAAGUAGAUAGAUAAUUAGAUUAUUAAACCAUGAAAAUGAUAUCACCAUAAGCUGAUGUGAAUUUCAAAAAAGAAAAUUCAAAUCCUUUAGAUUAAAAUUGCAGCGCUUAUUUAUUAAAGGGUUAUGAAAGAUAAGCUCCAUAUAAAUCAAAUCAGAUUGAUUAAAAUCGUCAAACAGGAGAACCAUUAAAAAUGGCAUCUAACAAUAACCCAUAUUUAAAGCAAUCUGUAAACAAUAACCAUGAAUAAGAACAAACAAAACCAUUUAUUCGUGCAUAUUAAGAAGGAGAACAAAGAAAGCCUUUAGAUUAAGUUAAUUACAAAUAAGAAUAGCGAUUAUUAAAUCAAAGAGAAAUUACUAGUCCUUAUGGUAAUUUUGAUAACAAAAAAAGAGAUCCAAUUGAUACUAGAACUCCUUUUGAUCCAAAUACAAACAUGAGUGCCUAUACUCCAUAAUCAAGAUAAGAUAAUUAUCGUAAAGAUGUCUAAUAAUCAGAAUAAAAAAGAGAGUUUCAAUUACCUGAAUACAAAAGAAUGUAUCCUGAUUAGGAUCCUAGAAUCCCUUAGAGAUAGAUGAGUGCUUUUGAAAUGAAGUAGAAACCAUUUGAUCAAGGAGAUAAAGCUAGAUAUGAUUAGGAAAGAAUUAGAACAUUAGGAGGAUAAUAAGAAUAACCUGAAAGAAUGGAUAGAUUGAUAAGAGCAUCUGAUUAUACAAGAAAAUCUGACAAUAAUGAUUUUUUAGAAUAAGAUAAAAGAGUAUUAGAAAGAAGAGAAUUUAAUUAAAGAGGUGGAGCAGAUCAAGUUUAUUCUGAUUAAAGAAAUACUGCAAAAUCUUAAGAAUACUCUUAGAGAUAAUAAAUUUAACUAACAAGACCUUAAGAAGGAUCUAAAACUCCAAUUGAAGGAAGAAUUAAUGAAAAAAGAGGUUAUGAUGACCAAAUGUAAUAAGAAGGAAGAUUUAAUCAAUCAUAAUUUACUAAUCCUUAUCUACAAGGAAGAACUUAGUAAUAAUAAUUUUAUGAUAUGAAACCUCCUUUAGAUGAUUAAAGAAGAAUGCUCAAUCCUUAUGAUGAGAGGAGAAAUGUAAACCCAUAUGAAACUAGACCUUAAAUUUAAGAUUAGAGAUCACCUUUUUAAAAUAGACCUGAUCGGGUUGAGAUUGAAAGAAGAUUAGAACAUCCUGAAUUUGAAAGAAGACCUGAUGUUUAAAAUAAAUCUCCUUAUUAAGCAAGAUUUGGCCCAGAAGGAAAAUCUGAAGUUGACUAAAGAUUACCUCCUUAAGAUCGACAAUUAUAAGGGUAAAAUUAUGAAAGAUAUUAAUAAUCAGGAUAUAGGUAAGGUAUGGAUGGAAAAUAUCAAUAUGAAGUAAGAUAACCUUAAUAAACCUAAUUUCAAGAAAUCCCUGUUAAUGGUCCUCGAUUAUAAGAAGUGAGAUAAGGAAUGAAUUAUAGAAAAUAUUCAGAUGGCCGAUCUAUUUAAGAUGGAUAAAUGGAAUUUAGAGAUGGUUAAGAAGGAAAACAUAGAUUAAUAGAAGGGAGAUCUGGAUUACCUGAAGGAAGACCAGAAUUAAAUGAGGCGAGACCAGGAUUUGAAGGAAGAUUUGGAUUAACUGAAGGAAGACCUGGGUUCCCUGAAGGAAAACCUGGAUUUGAAAGAAGACGUGAAUUUGAAGGAAGACCUGGGUUCCCUGAAGGAAGAUUAGGAUUUGAAGGAAGACCUGGAUACCCUGAAGGAAGACCUGGGUUCCCUGAAGGUAGACCUGGAUUCCCUGAAGGUAGACCUGGAUUCCCUGAAGGAAGACAUGGGUUCCCUGAAGGUAGACCUGGAUUCCCUGAAGGAAGACUUGGAUUACCUGAAGGAAGACCUGGAUUACCUGAAGGAAGACCUGGAUUCCCUGAAGGAAGACCUGGAUUCCCUGAAGGUAGACCUGGAUUCCCUGAAGGAAGACUUGGAUUACCUGAAGGAAGACUUGGAUUACCUGAAGGAAGACCUGGAUAAAUGGAUGGUAUAUAAUAGUAGGUUGAUGGUCGAGGGGGAUUUAAUAGAACAUGCGGGGAAGAUCGAUAUUAAGGAACCCCUAUUCUUGAUGGAAGAACUGGAUUCAAUGGACGCAGAGAAUAGUUUGGUACUAGGCCUCCGAUAUAAAGUAGACCUUUUGAGGAAAGAGGAACUUUUGAAUAAAGAGCUCCUAUUGAGAAUAGAAAUCAAUAUUAAAGAGGAUUUGAUGAUUAGUUUGGUGAUAGGUAAUUUGAAUAAAAAUAUUCACAAUAAUAAGACAUUAUUGGCAGAAAAGAUUUAGGAAGACCUGAGUAUGGAAAGGUGAGGGAAGAAAUUAAUAGAAGAAAUGCUUAUGGUAGGCAAGAAAUGGAGGAUAAUCUGUCAGAAUUUGGAAAAAGAAAAGAGUUUGAUGGUAGGAUAAGACCAGAAACAAGUUUUGGAAAGCCUUAUUAGCCAGAAGAAAGGUAUUUAAGAAGGGAAUAUAAUGAUUAAGGAUAGAGAUUGAGUUAUCAUGAAGAUACUUCAGUAAUUGAUAGAUUGGGAUUAGAGAGAGGAACAAAUAGAAAAAUAAUUGGUAAUUAAGCUGCAGAAAAUAUGUUGAGAGGAGAACAACAAAUGAACAGAUAAUAUGAUAGAGAGAGAGGAUUUAAUAGAAUAGGAAUGGGAGAAAGAGUGGCUAGUUUUACAAAUAGUAAAAUGGGUUAUUAAAGAACUGCUGUUUAAGAUAGGGAGGAAUAUUAAGGUUAUGUUAGAUCAAAACAAUUACUUAAGCCAUCAUUAGGAAAUGAUCAAAAUGAUUUUUAGAAAAUGAAAUCUCAAGAUUAGGGAUUCCAAAAAUGUAUAAAUAUAAAAUUUAUUUAUUAGUAUUAAGUCCAAAGGGCUAAAUUGAAACCAAAGUUGGAAUAUAUGAUAUUUAGAGAAGAGAUGGUAGAAUAUGA